GCCACAAAAUGGCGGCCGCGGGAUCUUGAGGGGUGGGGGGAGGAGCGAGGGGCGCCGCCGCCUGAGGGAACGGGAACGGGACGGGGACGGAAACGGGCGCGGGGCGGUGCUGGGCAGAGCCUGUCCCGUCCUGUCAUGUCCUGUCCCGUCUCCUCUCCUCCCGUCUUCCUCCCGCCCCGGUCCGGCAUCGGCGGCGUCUCCUCCUUCUCCUCCUCCGCCUGCUGGGGUGAUUAACCAACCAAAGAGGUUAUGAAUAUCAUCUGUGGUCUGAAGUUGCCGGGCAGGAGCUGUAUUUUCUUUCGUUUGGCUUCCUUGACCAAGCAGGGGAAGUACAAUAAGCUCUACGGGCCUUACACAGAACGUUGCCAAAUUCAAGUCAGUUCUAUACGAGAUAGAUGCCGAAGGCUGGAUUCGAGUGGAAAUAAUAGAAACUGUUUUUUGACUGGAAGCUUGACUGACUAUUGUAGAAACUUUCUUGGUAAAGGACAAAGGUGUCUUUUGAACGUCCCAAAAACAGAAGUAUGGAAGAAUGCACCUCAUGGUUCAGGAAGGUUUUGCUUUCAGUCUUCUCCGUUGCAGGGGGAGAAGGUUACGUCCUUCCAAAUCAGUUCUGCAGGGCUACGCCCAAGUCAUUUCUCUGCUCAGAACAUCCAGAUUGCCAGUUUUUUUCACACAUCAUCAUCACUUCAAGCUGCACCUGUACCUCUUUUCUGGAUUAUUGUUAAGCCAGCUCAGAAACUAUUUGCUAUCAUUCUUGGCAGGAGCAUAAGAAAUUGGUGGAAGGCACUUCCUCCUAAUAAACGGGAACUUUUUAAGGAAAGUGCAAGGAGAAAUAAAUGGAAGAUACUCCUGGGUAUCAGUAGCUUAGGAGUUUUGUUUGUCAUGUUUUAUUUUACUCACUUGGAGGAGACACCCAUCACCGGGCGUGCCCGACUGUUGGUGUUUGGAAAAGAGCAUUUUAGGCAGCUGUCACAGAUGGAGUAUGAUAUGUGGAUGGAGGAAUUCAAAAAUAAAAUGCUGCCUGAGACAGAUGCGCGCUAUCAGGUAGUGAAGAGCGUUGUUGGACAUUUAUCUGAGAGCAACAAGGAUGUCCCACAGGUCUCAGCGCUUGACUGGAUUAUCCACGUGGUAGAUGAACCAGGAGUAAAUGCUUUUGUGCUUCCGAACGGUCAAGUAUUUGUUUUCACUGGGUUGCUAAACGCAGUUUCUGAUAUCCAUCAGCUGUCUUUCAUUCUGGGACAUGAAAUAGCUCAUGCUGUGCUGCAACACGCAGCAGAGAAAGCCAGUCUGGUUCACUUCUUGGAUUUCCUAUCACUCAUCUUUCUCACUAUGAUUUGGGCCAUCUGUCCUCGUGAUAGUUUGGCGGUUGUUGGCCAGUGGAUUCAGAGUAAGUUGCAGGAGUUUAUGUUUGAUAGACCGUACAGCAGAACAUUGGAGGCUGAAGCUGACAAAGUGGGACUUCAGUUUGCAGCAAAGGCUUGUGUGGAUGUAAGAGCAAGCAGUGUAUUUUGGCAGCAAAUGGAAUUAGCAGAAGCCAUUCAAGGACAGCCCAAGUUACCAGAGUGGCUCUCCACGCACCCUUCACAUGAGAACAGAGCUGAGCACUUGGACCGCCUUAUUCCAGAGUAACUAGCCCAAGACUGUCAACUAGAGAAUGCUCCCUACUAUCCCGUCUCUCCCACUGCUGUGGAAUUGAACACACCUUGUAUAACGAUGCCUCAGAAGAAUGUCAGAUCCCCAGUAGAUUUCUCAGUAGCCCUAGUUACGAUAGCUCUCUGUAGAUUUUGCAGCCUGCUUUUUUUCUUCAGAUCUCUCUAUUUGUUCCAUCACAUUAGGGAGAACAUUUUACCCCACUCUAAGGAAAUUGAGAUAAUUCAUGUGAUUGCCCAUCUAUCUGCAGUCUGUUCUGUUAUUUCUUUUGGAUUGCCCCUCAGAAGAAUGCCAUAUAGAUAGCUACCUGGGGAUUCUCUUAAUUGGGUGUAUUAUAUACUGGUGGAUUAAGCAAAAAUUUCUGCUGUUAGCCAAGUGCUAGUUCCCUUAUUUGAGAACUGUUCCAAGUUUAGUAGUCUUAGUUUACUGUUUCUUUAAGCAGAUUUUUUUUCUUUACUACAUUAAAGUAACAUGAUUUUUUUGCCUACUUGUUUAUUAGAUUUCUUUUUAAGUUGCUAUUUAUUAGAGCACUUCACAACAGCAUAGUUUUGCAAGCAAGGUAAAGCAAAUUUCUUUUCUUAUAACAAAUUGGCAAUUUCUUCUUCCUGUUUUUUUUUCCCUUUUACAUUCCCAGUCACUUACCAUCUUUCUCAGUUCUAAGCUGCAAAGACAGUUGAAGAUUUAUUGGCAGAGAGAGUGCUAAAAUGUUGAGGUGUUUACUGAUUUUAAAGGAGGAAAAGAGGAGGAUUUUCACGAAUCCUUUGAGAAUGAAUGCAGUAAAUAUUCUAAGUGAGAGCAUAAAUCAAAACAGAGAUAAGAGGUAGGAGGUUGGAGAAUGGCUAGACUGAAUAUUUUAAAUUAAUACACACAAAUUCUGUACUUUGCAAAAACAGGCUGUGAGAAUAUUCUGAUGAGUAAUAUUUUCAGAGCAGCUGAAUAGAAAAUGAUACGCAUUUCUGGAGCCUUUGUUUUAGUUAGAUUGAACAAAGUGUUCAGAAUGCUUUAUUUUUGAUACAAUUAUUGACUGGCUUAUGACAUAGAAAUAAAUACCCUCUUGUUUUUUACUCCAGGACUGAGCAAAUAAGUUAAAUAAAUUAGCAACUGUAUAGUCGUAGCAGACAUAGUAUUAUUUUUGUCUGAUCUCUUGCAGUUUAGCAGGUGGAGUAACCUUUCAUCUUUUUGUCACUGCUCUCACUUACAAGAGCUGUGGAGGCUAGGAAACUUUCUUCCAAAGUGUGAUAGAGACUGAAAUGUUUUCAUUUGCCUUCUACCUUGCAAAUUAUUUGGAGUAGGUUUAGAAAGCAGGGGCUGAAGGCUUCUUUUUAACAAAGGUUGACAGAUAAGUGAGGCUGAUACUGGAAAAAAUGGAAAAAAAUUAAAGAAGUUAUGUAGAUGUGUUGUUGGAGGCUUCUUGUCUGAAGUGUUUACUCUCCUUUGACUGAGAGUUGCCUCCUUGAAACUGAAUUUCAGGCGUUUGAAGGGAAUCCCAGGGCUUUGCUGUUCAAUGUCAGCAACUUUUUAUGUCAUCACUCACAUACUUAAAGCAUUUUAGAACUGUACGUUUACCAUAUAUUAAUGGCCAUUAGAUGUUCAGAGCCCAAGAGAAGCUAGAUAGCUAAAAGAGCCUUUUUAUCUCUCUAUGAAGAAACUACUACUUAGAUUCAGCAUCAGAUCCAUCAUAAGCAAGGAACAAAGGCUGGAAUCCUAAAGAAAAAAAAUCUGCUGGCUUUUGCAUUUGUACUUGGUUUUGAAAUUGCCCUUUCUCUAAAUAGACCAGUUUGUAGUAAAGAUACAGAUAUAAAUGUUGUGUUUCAUAUACUGGUGUUUUUGAAGCUGUGAUGUUUUUUAGGACAAGAUAAUACCUAUUAUUAGUCCAGCUAGCAUAGCUAGGAAAAAUAUGUGAGAAGUUUUUGGUCUUCUCAGGAUGUGAAGAUGUUUCUCUACAGACUUCUGAUCAAGCUCACAAUAAACUCUGAUGAUACAAAAUGAAAAAUUUUUGUUCAGGUAAUGAAAUAGCUUGUCUCAUUGAGACAACUUAACAGUCUCAGGAAAUUUAAAUUAAAGCAGCAAUAUCACAAGGAUUCUCUUUUCACAUAAUUAAAAGACAGGGAGCAAUCAAAUGAGUUUUAAAGAUCUUGCAUCUGCAUUUCUGAACAAGUUGCAAGCUACAGCUAAACUGAGGAAUUAAUAAACAGAGAACUAUAAACAGUUGCAAAGUAGCACUCUCCUGGAAAGGAAAUAGAGAAAAUGAAAAAGAUUUGUCAUGUUUUUAAAGGAUUUCCCCCUCUGCCUGGAACAAUUUGGAUUGUACACGAAGAGAACAGAAUAUGCCAGCCAAAUGAUAACCCUGUUAAAUGGGAGACUGUAAUCUCCUAGAAUUCCUACAUGGAAGGUGCUGAAAUACUCAAAGGCCCUACACAUUUUGUUUUUUUCAGAAAAAGAAAUCUUAAAAUGAUUUUGUAGUACAGUAGCUUAUUGUUGUUGUGGAGAGGAAAAUCAUGGAAUUAUACAGCCAGAGAGCAGCUGAAGGAUCUGCUGGUUCAUCUCUGAACCUCUUCUUUUAAUGUUCUCUGACUCACUACAGCUUGUCUACCUUUUUCCUUGUAAGUUGUCCAAACUGAACACUGUACAUCAGCUGAAGCCUCAGCAAGACUGAAUAAAGCAGAAGGUUAUCUACUCAGCCUUUGCCUGUGACACAAAAAUUCAUCUUGACAUGACAUUUGCUUUUUUGGCAUCAUGUUGUUCGCUCAGAUCCCAUUUUUGAUUUACUCUAACACCUGUUUCCAACACUUCCUUGUGGAAAUACCAUACUGAAAUCAUUUCCAGAGUCAGUUACUAAGUUGGGACAUGUCAUUUCUAUUGCAUCUCUUUUGCCUGCUAGGCUAAUUAACUGUCAAAAAAAAAAAAAUUAAAAAAAGUAAAUCAAUGUAUUUUGGCAAGAUUUGUACAUGUUGGCUGUUCAUCGUUUUUUGUAUUGCUUGGGUAGUUAUUUACUUUAUUCCUCUCUCAGGUGUCUAUUGGGGUAUUGAAGAUGCAUUUAUUUUGCUUUCUUUUUUUUUUCUCCUGCUUUUCAAAAAGGGGAUGGUAUAUUUGCCCUUUGCUAAUGAUGUGAAGAUUACCUGAGAUAGUUCUAGUACUAGAGCAUAUUAGUAUAAGUCCUAUCAGUGCAAGUAUUUGUAGGAAAAUAACAAAAAAAUACUGACCUAUGUUUCUAUCUUCUCUAUAAAUUUAAAUAUUUUGUCACAAUUUUCCUUUUCUGUGCCCGCAGAAUCACUGGAAGAUGUGAAGUGUUAGCAUUAUAUAUCAGUUGCUUUUUUUUCUCUAUCAAGUAACAAAUCCAUCCACUCCUAAUCAUCUUUGUACUGCUACUUCAUUUGCAGAACCUGUUGUUGCCUUCUAUGCCUGCUAAUUGUAAUUCAGUUUGCAACUCAGCUUUCCUGAUUUAUUUAUUUAUUUUGCUGCAUGCUUGUGCUAUUCCGUAGUUUUUGUCAGAGUUGCAAGGCCAGACCAGAAUUCAGCUCUGCCGAGGUAAUUGCAGUUUAUACAAAGAGAAUUUUAACCCUUGGCCUUGUUUGUGGACUUAAGAGGGUGACUUUUAUCCCGAGAGGUAGAAUUCGCUCCAAAAGAUUAUAAGGGGUCGAGAUGCAGUUAGCCUGCUUACCUGUGACAGUGGUGAAAGAUGAGCACUGAGAGAGAAAAAAUACUUUUUUUUUUCUCCUUCAUUUGUCUUGCUGUUAGGUUUUAUUUGAAAGCAUCAGGGUGAGGCAGGCCUCCCUAGUUCUUACGCCUUCCUUCCUCUCAGUACGUUGCAGGAGAUGACUGCAAUUAUAUUGAUAAGAAAAACAGCUUCACCUCUGCUACUUACAAGCAGUAAUUUUGAUAUUUUAUUUGAUGUCUUCUGAGCCAGUAAGCAUUUAGGUGGUCUGUAUUCUGAAGAGCAAUAUUUCUUUCUUAAAGUUAAUCUGAAAAGAAUAGCAUUACGGUGCUCUUAAUUUCCAGGUGCCUCUGUGUACUCACUCCAGCUAGUUAACCUUGUCUCGGUUCUGUCCAUUGUCUUUAUUUAGAACAUUCUUCAGUAUACAGAUGAUGAAACGUUUUCUUAUUGAAAUUGAUAUGCAUUUGCUUCAUUAAGAAUGCUUUUACUUGUCCUUUUACCCAAACUGACAGAAAUCAAUUUACUUGAGCAAUAUUAAAUUAUCAGAUUUGAAAUUGCUGGUGAUUUUGAAAGUACAGUGUGGCUGAUCAUGGUUGGCUGUUUUAUCUCUCAGGAAAAUAUACUGUAAGCUCUUCAGCCAGUUAUUGACACAUUAAUGAUGCUACAGCAUUGGUAGCACAAAAGAGAAGUGCAGUAGUCAACAGAGCCAGGGAAAGAACACCUGAAUAAGGUUGAAUAUUUCACAGCAGGCACAAACAUACAUGUAUACAUGCAUGCAAAGCCUACCUCUAUUAAGAAUGUUUAGUCUUAGAUGUAUUUAACAGUGAGACCAUAUGUCAACACAGUUUUGCAUUCUCGUAACUGCAGUCUCUUUAAUGGCAUGUGGGUUGAUGGUGUUGAAUAGAUGCCUCCUUCUCUCUUUGACAGCUUUACGUGUAGCAAGAACACAAAAACACCCACAGGGUGAAAGUGUUAACUCUGAAGUAUUGUUUUGGACCUUUGCUGUUGUGACUUCAGUAUUUGAGAUAAGUGAAACCAUGGAAAUAAGCCAGGCGCCAUAUAGGAAGCCUCCCCGUGAGAUUUAAAAUCGCUAAAUUAGUUUAAAAGAGGAUUAUGUUGCCCUUUCCAGGAUACAGCCUAAAUCUUUAUAUUUCCGUUUGCCUUGAAUAAUGCUGCCUGACGCUAAUGUAGUCUUGCAGCAGUUUAUGUUCUGUAAGAGAACAAGAGAAAACUCUUGGUUUGUCAAAAACAUCACUUUGGAAUUUAAUUGGUCACUGAGGCAGAAGAGUGUUCAGUGGUAUGGUUAUACUUGAUGACUACAUGGACUAUCACCUUGUAGAAAAACAAAUACUGAGAGCUUUAUUCAUGUUCUUUAAAAGUUUGACAAGAGGAAUAUUUGCAUGCCUAAUCCAGACUUGCAUAUGCAGUAACUUAAAUGUUGCACUUAAACAAGAAACAGCUGGGGAAACUCUUCCUACAUUCCUAGAAUGCAUUUUUUCUUUUUCCAAAACCAGUUGUUGCCUUUAAAUUCUCUUUGUUUAUAGCCAUGUACAUGAAACUCUUAUUAGUUCACUCUACUAAAGUUCGGGAGAAAUAUUUUGGUACCUCCUCAUACAAAGAAAUUAUUUAAGAAGCUCAGCUUUUCUAUUUUACAAUCUGCUGUAGUAAGCUUUUCCCAGUGUCUCCUAUGAAAGAGUACCAAAUUGUUUCAGAAUGAUGGGUAAAUACUUAUACGCAGGUGUACUGGAAUAUUUGAUUUGGUAUUUCAACCAAAUCAAGUGCAUAUAAAGCAGACUAAAAUUUCCCACUCUGUUUUACAGUGCAUCUGUGGAACUGCUAUAAAAACCUCUUACUUUCUUUCUCCUCUGUAAUCCAUGCAGAAUGAAUGAACAGACACACUUUCUCAUAGCUGUCCCUAGAACUGGCAGGAGGCACCUGGCCACAACUCAGGACAGAUGUGGUCAUCACUUUUCUAGAAUAUAUCGUUAUAAAGAAAAUGGAAUGAACUCUACACGUGAACUUAUUUUCCCAUGAAAAUAUUAAAAAUAAAGCUGGAUGUUACUCUGUCACUAGAUUGAGGCUAAGAUACAGUGAACCUUGCAUAAAAGUGACUAUCACUGUGGCCAUUGAUGAGUGCUAAAUAUCAAGCUAAUUUUUGACUUGUUAUUUUAUUUGAAAAUCUUGAAAAAAUAGCUCUCAUCGGAAAUGUAGAACCCUCUAAAAUUAUACAUCAAAUUUUCUGUGUAAUAGAUAGAAGCUUGCUUUACUUGGUAAGGCUGUAUGAGUGUUCUAGGAAAAUCCACGGAUACUGGUAGGCCUGUGUAAAACCAGUUGGAAAGUACUGCGUCAAACUGGUUUGUGUGCUACCCAUUGCCAUCUUUAACAUAAACUGCCUGUUUGAAUGGACUAGUUAAAAGUACGUUUGGCCUCAUUAAAAUGAACACAAGUUAAGCAUCCUUUAGAACAGCUGACUUUAUCCUGUUUUAUACCAAUGCUCCACAAUGCCUUUGAGAAGAUUCAUCCAGUGUCACUACCUCCAAGGCAGAAUGAUCCAUUGGCCAGAACACAAAGCUGGAGGAAAUGUGUCUGUACUAAUGGAUUUUGCUUCUCUAUGAAAUCCUUUGACUCCUUUGUGCCUCUGCUUUCUAAUAUGUAAAAUGGAAGCUCUGACACUUCUGUUAUUUUGUAAGCAGGAUUAAUUAAAGUUUGUCUCCUAGUGCCAAUCUAUUAAUCCAGAUAGAUUCUUACAUUCUAAAGACAUCUGUUUUCUGAGAACACUUGGAAGCUGUGUAUUCAAAUGUUUCUUGAAGAUGAGAUCACUUGUGUAACUGGACCUUAACUAUACCGAUAAACCAUCUGGAUUUCUCUGCCAAACAGUUAAAUGUCUGUUACAUUACUGAAGAUUUUUCCCUCCUUUUUUUCCCCAGCCAGAUGCCUGUAUAUAUAAUUACUUCAAUAAUGAAACAUAGCUGAUGAAGUAUGCAGUCAUUUUAAUUUACAUAUGAAUGUAAAUUAGAAGGUAAAAGUUACUGAUGUGCACAAAUAGCACAUGAAAUAGUUUGAGAACUUCAUACUUAUUUAAGAGGUACCUUUUAGAUUAUCCAUUCUUUGGGAGACUGCCUGCAAGAUAAUGUUUUUCAUUCUUCAUUUUCUUUCCAUUGUUUUACCAUAUUAAAAGAUGUGUUUCUUCUCAGGAAAUCUUGGUUUCUGUUGAAAAGUUUUUCAGUAACAAGCCUGAUUCAAUUUUAUACUCAUUAAGCUUUAUAUGCAAAUGCAGACCUUACUGGAAAGCCAAAUCACUGUCUGAAACCUUUUUUUAUCUUGUUUAAAUGAGCUUGAUUUGUUUUCCU